AUGGAAGGAGCCAGCAGCACCAGCACCAGCACCACCCCGGGGGGAACAGAAAGCAGCAGGACUGAGACCGCGACCACUGCGGCUGAGGUAGCGCCACCUCCAGUGGUGGUGGUGGGGUUCUACGCGUGCAAGCGGUGGCCCCCUCACGAGCCGGGUCCCGGCCAGCAGGCCUUCGCCUGGUCCAAGCGAGAGCAGGUGGCAGCGGCGGUGGCUGAAUGCACGUCGCUCUUCAUGCACGACAAGCUCGAGUGGAUGGGGGAGCUGGCGGACGUGGAGGGCAAGCUCGUGUGCCCGCGCUGCGCCUACCGCGUGGGCUCCUACCACUGGAGCGGCGCACAGUGCUCCUGCGGGCACUGGAGCACGCCCGCCAUCCAGCUCCAGAAGAAGCGCAUCGACGAGCGGCGCCUGUGA